AUGGAGGCCGACGUGGACUGCAGUACCAUCCAAGGCACCCAGUGCCUUUUAAGGCCCGCGCCCUACCGCAGCAAGCAUGCGCUCCUGGGCUGCCAUGGCGCUGGCUGCUGCCUGCGCGGCGUCGCUGCUCAGCGGCCUGGCGGUUGCAACCCAAUUGGUGCCCGGCCCACCGCCACCUCCGCCGCGGGAGAUGGCGGCCGCCGCCUGCUGGACGACUUCAGCGACGGCACCUUCGGCCGCCAGGUGACAGGCGACGGCGUGAACGUGAGGGACAAGCCCUGCACCGACACCAAGAUCCUGGGAGUGGUGAACGAGGGAGACAAGGUGCACCACACCGGCAGGCAGCGCCACGGCAAGUGUGGCCACAGCUGGUCCCAGGUCAGCUUUAAGGACCAGGAGGCCUGGAUUGCGCUGGAGUUUCUGACCUACUGCCCCGGCCGCACAUGCACCGAGCCACGCAAUGCCUGCAACCCAGCGGUGCAGGGAGCCGAGAGCCACUGCUGCAGCAACAAGUGCAUCCUUGAUGAGGUUGACAACGACGGUUUCUGCAAGUGA